AUGACCGAGCCACAUUUCGCUCCCGAGCCCGCACCGCAAGCCUCAACCUCGACCUCGGAUCCCAUCUCCGCACCCAAUCCCAAUCCCAAACCACCCCACACCUCUCGCAAGAUCGCCCCCACCGCCCGAGGCCGCACCACCGACUCUGACGACGUGCGACAUUCCAAAACGCUCUCUUACAUCCUUCGUCAUGGUGCAGCCAAAGAACAUCUCGUCCUGAGAGGGGAUGGGUUCGUGAGAGUUGAUGAAUUGGUGAGCUUUGCUUAUUCUCCCUUGCAGAGAUUGCUUUCCACCUUCAACUUUCGGGAUGCACGUGAUCUUUUCAGCUCAAGAGACCCAAACUGAAAGGUGUCACAUUCGAGACAAUACAACGUAUCGUCGCCGAGAACGAGAAACAACGCUUCACGCUGCAAAAAGAAGCCAAGAAGCCGAGUGGGGGAGACGUAGCCGAAGACGCCGAAUUCGAGUGGUGGAUCAGGGCGAACCAGGGGCAUUCGGUGCAGGUCAGUUUCGAGCUGGAAUAGAGAGUAUGCUCGUCCAGGAUCGUUGACUUGGCUUUCAUGACUCGGGACAGGUCGAAUCCCUCGAGCUAAAACCCAUCCUCGACGCCUCCCACGUCCCCACCAUGGUCCAUGGCACAACCUACAAGCUAUGGCCCACAAUAGGUGCGGUCCGAGAAAAGGCCCGUAACACAGCUUCUUUACUAAAUCUUGAUCGCCCAAUUUCCUCGGCACAUGUUUCAGCCAAGCAAGGCCUUUCGAAAAUGGCGAGGAACCAUAUCCACUGCGCAACGGGCUUGUUUGGCGAUACUGGGGUCAAGAGCGGUCAGCCCGCUCACUCUUCCUCAUAUAACCAAUCUCGCAUUCUCAAUCAAACUCUGCUUCCUUCCGACAGGAAUGCGAGCCAAAUGUGAUCUCUUCAUAUAUUUAGACGUUCCCAAACUCCUCGCCGGUAAGUCAACUCGGAACAAUCUGAUGCUUCGCUGGUAAAGCCUGACUCUCUCAUCUCUCCUCAACAACACCUUCCUUUUCGACCAGACAAUAUCCCUAUCUACGAAUCCUCCAACAACGUACUCCUCACAUCAGGCAAGGACGGCAUCGUCUCGCCAACCUACUUCAAGAAAGUGGAGAGGAAAAUCGUCGGAGCGGAAGCUGCGGUCGAGCAACUUGAUUUGAACGGGUUGUCUCUGCAAUAA